CAGAGUACCGAUAGUCGAAGUUUCUAGCUCCGCAUUUGGUUCGGUGUGUUUGGAGCAAGAACGGUGUGUUCGGUGCAUGUUUAUUUUUGUUACAAGAGCGCAGACUUUCGCUUCUAUAUCUGAAUCGGUUUGCAUCGGUCUUGAUCAAAAGUAAAAAAAAAACGUAGAGAAGAGAUCUUUCUGUAAUGAAAAAUAUCUCGACGAGUUUCAACGAAAAUUAUAAAAAUUCUGUAGGGUUUAAAUUAUUAUCCCAUAUCAAAUAUCAGCACUUAGUUGCCGGCAUUGGUGGGGGCUUAACGUCGACCUUAAUACUACAUCCUUUAGAUCUCUUAAAGAUAAGAUUUGCAGUAAAUGAUGGAUUAAAAAACAGACCCAAAUAUCAUAAUCUUAGAAAUGCUGUUAGUCAGAUAGUGAGAGAAGAAGGUGUAAAAGGAUUGUAUCGAGGAGUUGUACCCAAUUGUUGGGGUGCUGGAACAGCAUGGGGCUUUUACUUUUUGUUUUAUAAUGCAAUUAAAGCAUGGAUGUUAGAAGGAAAUGUGAAUAAACAGUUAGGUGCAGGAAGGCAUAUGCUAGCAGCUGCAGAAGCAGGUGUACUUACUUUAUUUAUUACUAACCCUAUUUGGGUUGUAAAAACAAGACUAUGUCUGCAAUAUGCUGAAUGCAAUACAGCCCUUCCUACUACAAAAGUAUAUAAAGGUACAUUGGAUGCUCUUAUUAAAGUGUAUAAAUAUGAAGGUAUUUCUGGAUUAUAUAAGGGUUUUCUGCCAGGAAUGUUUGGUGUUUCUCAUGGUGCAUUACAGUUUAUGGCAUAUGAAGAGAUGAAGAAAUUUUAUGCUAAUUAUUAUAAUUUGCCACCAGAUGCAAAAUUGGGAACUCUAGAAUAUUUAAACUUUGCUGCAUUAUCAAAACUAUUUGCUGCCAGUGUAACUUAUCCAUAUCAAGUUGUUCGUGCAAGAUUACAAGAUCAGCACAAAAGUUAUGCUGGUGUUGUCGAUGUUUUAAAGAAAACGUGGAGGUUUGAAGGCAUAAGGGGUUUUUACAAAGGUCUACCAGCAUAUUUAAUCCAUGUCACCCCAAAUAUAUGCAUCGUCUUUCUAGUAUAUGAGAAAUUUCGGCCUUCGGACAUUAUCCUCGCCAAUCAGGAAGAAUAACGAAUUCCAUGAUUUAGGACGCGUUGAGGGCAUUAGAACAUUUUGGACAUGUAUUUAUUUAAUCCAGAGUUUUAUUUAUUAGAUGUAUAAUAUUAAGUUAUGCAGAAGACAAAAUGUAAAUUUCAAAAUUUCAUUCCAUAUUGUAUGCAAUAAUGCUCUUUCCAUUUUUUUUUAUGUAAAAAUUUCUGUCAUGCUUUUUUGUUCUGUGUACUUUUAAAAAUUCUGUUGCGUGACUAAUGAAUUCUGUAAAAUCUAACUGCUUAGAAAAUUCUUUUAAUUGCUUUUUCACAUCUUUUGUUUUGUAAAAAAAUUUCAAACACGCAUGUAAUUUUCUUUGCACUUCAAUGUUUUUCACUGUUUCUAGUAAUUGUCAUCAAGUCUAAUUUGUUCUUAUGUUCUCACGAUACUAUUGUUGUGAUUUGCAAAUCUUAUGUGACCUCUCCACUUAAACAUGUUUGUACCAACCGACAACUUUGUGUGACUUCAGGUUCAAAACUGCGGCAGGAAAUCAUUUCCCCAUAUAAAUGCGCACAACUUCCGA